CACAGUUUCGACACCAAACACAAAUCCAGAGCAGAGCGGGGCAACAACUCCUCUUAAUUCUCAGUCUCUCUAGUUUCGAAAUCAGAGCUAAGCAAACAUGCCGAGUGAAGGAACAGCAAACUUUAUCGAUAUACUCAUCGCCAUCCUCUUGCCUCCUCUUGGGGUCUUCCUCAAGUUUGGCUGCCAAGUGGAGUUCUGGAUCUGUCUGUUGCUGACCAUUUUCGGUUACAUCCCUGGGAUUAUCUAUGCCAUCUAUAUAAUCACCAAGUGAAGUAGCUAGUCAUGCUUCAAUUUCUGUAGUAGUGAUAAAGAUGUGAAAUGGCACAUCUGUCUUCUGGUUUCUGCAUUGAAAGCUUGUUUUCCACCAUUGGAUUGCAUAGUACUUGUUUGGUAUAGCCAAUGGACAGUUGAUAUUUGAUGUAGUGUGUCUUCUUUUUCUUUUUCUAUUCCCCCCCUCCUUACUCCCUUCAACAUUGUGUUCCCCAUGAUUUGUCUAUCUGUUGAAGAAGGUAAAAUAGUUGAAUUAUUGAGGAGUUGAUGUAUCAAUCUUAGCUCUCCAAUUUAAUAAAAGAGAAUUUGUUUCA